UAGCACGGCGGCGCCCGGCAGCCCCCUUUUUCCGGUGGCUGUCGUCAUGGCGCCGACAACCGCGAAGAAGUUGGCAGCUUCAAAAAAACUGCCAACUGUCACUGAGACUAUUUUGAAGAGAAGGAAGUUGAGGGAGGAGAGGAAGAAUGCAGGACAUGCUAAAGCGAUCAAGGACCGCCAGCUGCGCAAGCAGAAGAAAAAGCUGAUCUUCAAACGUGCUGAGCAGUAUGUGAAGGAGUACCGCGAGCGUGAGCGGGAGAUCAUCCGGCUGAAGCGAGAGGCCAAGAAGGAGGGCAACUUCUAUGUACCGGAGGAGGCCAAGUUGGCAUUUGUCGUGCGAAUCCGGGGUGUGUUGGGUCUGCAUCCCAAGGUCCGCAAGGUGCUGCAGCUGCUGCGUCUGCGCCAGAUCAACAACGGCGUGUUUGUCAAGCUGAACAAGGCCACCAUCAACAUGCUGCGUAUCGCCGAGCCAUACAUCGCCUACGGCUACCCGAGCCUGAGCACGGUGCGCCAGCUGCUGUACAAGCGGGGCUUCGUCAAGGUGAACAAUCAGCGGUUGCCCAUCACCAGCAACGAGCUGAUCGAGAGCAAGGUCGGCAGCCGCGGCAUCAUCUGCAUCGAAGACAUCGUGCACGAGGUCUUCACCGUCGGACCCAACUUCAGGAAGGUCACCAACUUCCUGUGGCCGUUCAAGCUGGGCACCCCCACUGGCGGCUGGGCCCGCAAGUCGAACCACUUCGUGGAGGGCGGCGACUUCGGCAACCGGGAGGGCAUGAUCAAUGAGCUGCUCAAGCGCAUGAUUUAACCUGUCCCGUCUGCCGCAAAUAUACGUAUGCCCCCUUCAGUGGUACCA